UGGAAUGGUCCGCCAGAGAGUGGCCUGCUUUCGAAGUUUUUGUCAGGGUACAGCUGUACAGAUCCGUUCUGGUGUUGGGUUGUGGCCGCGAUUCCGUGGGCAUGCUGGACUCUGCAAGCGCCCUCAUAAAAAGCUUGUGGCGAAGGGGGGCAAAAAAAAGAAGCAGGUUCUGAAGUUUACUCUCGACUGCACCCACCCUGUAGAAGAUGGAAUCAUGGAUGCUGCCAAUUUCGAGCAGUUCCUCCAAGAGAGAAUCAAAGUGAACGGAAAGGCUGGGAACCUUGGUGGAGGGGUUGUAACCAUCGAGAGGAGCAAGAGCAAGAUCACCGUAACAUCCGAGGUGCCUUUUUCCAAAAGGUAUUUGAAAUAUCUCACCAAAAAAUAUUUGAAGAAGAAUAACCUACGUGAUUGGUUACGCGUAGUUGCUAACAGCAAAGAGAGUUACGAAUUGCGUUACUUCCAGAUUAACCAGGAUGAAGAAGAGGAGGAAGAUGAGGAUUAAAACACUGGUCUGGAAUAUUUUGUAUGAAUUCAUGAAUAAAACUUAGGAACAAAACUGUUGGUUUCUCCUUGUGUCUCUGCAGUGUGGAUUGGACGGAAAAUCGGAAAUCACAGUAAACGGCUGACUUGGGCUGCCCUGCCGCUUGUUUGUAUCUAGAUGUUUUUUUUUUUUUUUCUUUCCUGUAUGAAAACUUCAGUUCUUCCAGUAGUAAUGCCCAGUAAAAACAGGCUACUUAAGGAACCUACAACCCACCUGACAUUGAGGGUGGAAGUGUGAGCAUCAGUGAGUUCCUGUUAAGGAGUGACAGUACCCUUCUCGAAGACUCAAGAAUAUACUGUGGGGUUUCUUGCUCAUGAAAAGCAAAAUAGGUGAUACUUUCCCCCCAAGGUUCUUGUGAGGGAGUGGCAGUGUCAGUAAAAUGCAGAUUUCUGGGACAUUUGUGUCCAUUCUCUAAUCACUUCUCAGUGCUCACAGCUGUAGCAAAUCCUUUUUGUUCCCAUAGAAGUAAGGUGCAGUCCUUUAGUACUGCUGCAUAGUCUGCCAUUUGUGACAAGAUUGUGAAUAUUGCAACAAGCUGUUUCUCUGGCCUCCAGCAGAGGGAGCUGAAGACAGCUUCCAAAUGUCUUCAGUAAUUGGACCCCGGCCCAGGGCUCUGGAGGCUUGUGAUGGAGGGGAAUGUUUCAUGCUGCCCAGGAAAUAAACUGCUUCCAUGCUACUUAAGACUAUGACUGGACUUGAAGGCCAAAGCCUUACAGGGUCUAGGGCUGUAUCUCAGUGCUGGAGCCCUUGCUUAGCGUGCUCAAGGCCACAGCUUCAGAACCCAGUCCUCCAGUCAGAUCUGCAAGCUACUGGGAUGGAGAACAGGGCCACAUCCUGGGUUUUUGCCAGCAGGGAGAACUAAUAUGGGAAGGAGCAUUUUGAUGCUCUUCUGAAAUCCAAGCCAUUCUGUAGAAACACCUGCCUCGUAUAAUUCUUUAUGAAAUGUCAAAAGAGCUUGCUCACGAAAAGUUGUGUUCUGCCAGUCACAGCUGGAAAUUAAAUGUUCAAGUCCUGCCUUGGCUCCAAUUGAACAUUUGGUGCUUCUUGGAUUGAGUUUAAAGUAUUGGGGCCUUGCAAUCUCAGCUUGUGGCAAAGGUUCCAACGUUUUCUAUUUCUAUGCAAAUUUCCCAAAGCAGACUUGUUUGUACUUUUCUCCUCUUCCCUCACAGGAGGUGGUAUUGCUUUCAGACCUAACUAGGCAUCAAUCUUUCUUGGACUCUGUCCCUUACCCUGAUCAUGUUGCUUUCUAAGUUUGUGAUUUGGGUUUGCAAAUCUUGUUUAUGGCAUUGAUGUUCCUGUGUGGUAAUUUUUAGUUCCACUGUAAAAAACUCUGGGCUGAAAUUCGCAUAUUUUUUAAAAAAAAAAGGUCCCAGAUUUUAAAAACUUGUAAUAAAAUUGAAACUCAUUGGGUUUUCUAUGCCUUUUUGAACUUGUAAUUGAGUAUGAUCACAUUUUAUUAAAGUGGCUAACACAUGCCUACUA